AUGCUUACUUCUCCUAGACACCUAAUCCCACCUCUAGAGUUACCAGAGAUCCAUGUCAUAGGACUGACGGUCAGUAGGGGAUGCUUACUUCUCCUAAGGCUCCUAAUCCCACCUCUAGAGUUACCAGAGAUCCAUGUCAUAGGACUGACGGUCAGUAGGGGAUGCUUACUUCUCCUAAGGCACCUAAUCCCACCUCUAGAGUUACCAGAGAUCUAUGUCAUAGGACUGACGGUCAGUAGGGGAUGCUUACUUCUCCUAAGGCACCUAAUCCCACCUCUAGAGUUACUAGAGAUCCAUGUCAUAGGACUGACGGUCAGUAGGGGAUGCUUACUCCUCCUAAGGCACCUAAUCCCACCUCUAGAGUUACCAGAGAUCGAUGUCAUAGGACUGACGGUCAAGUUACCAGAGAUCCAUGUCAUCGGACUGACGGUCAGUAGGGGAUGCUUACUUCUCCUAAGGCUCCUAAUCCCACCUCUAGAGUUACCAGAGAUCCAUGUCAUAGGACUGACGGGGAUGCUUACUCCUCCUAGACACCUAAUCCCACCUCUAGAGUUAACAGAGAUCCGUGUCAUAGGACUGACGGUCAGUAGGGGAUGCUUACUUCUCCUAAGGCUCCUAAUCCCACCUCUAGAUUUACCAGAGAUCUAUGUCAUCGGACUGACGGUCAGUAGGGGAUGCUUACUUCUCCUAAGGCUCCUAAUCCCACCUCUAGAUUUACCAGAGAUCUAUGUCAUAGGACUGACGGUCAGUAGGGGAUGCUUACUUCUCCUAGACACCUAA